AUGACAGAAGGCUAUUCUGCUCGUUGCUUUGAAAUUACAGAAAAGGAAAAUAAAAGCAAAAGUAAGCAUUAUACGCCAGCGGAAAAAAGUCUUUUCUUACAAAUUUUAAACAAAUAUAAACAAGUUAUCGAAUGUAAAAAAAGUAAUAUUAAUACACUACGCGAAAAAGAAGCUGCGUGGGAUUGUAUCUGCCAAGAAUUUAAUAAUUCCUCAUUAAUUAUCCAAGAAAGAAGCAUACAGCAAUUAAAGAAGUUGUGGACUAAUCUUAAACAAAACCAAAGAGAUAUAAUAACGAAAGAAAGGCAAGCUAGAUUUGCUACAGGUGGAGGACCGGAAAAACCUUCUACGGAAAUAGAUCCAGAUGUUGCUCUAAUAGCACCUACUUUAAUGGCUACAGCCCCUGUAUUAUUUUCAUCAAAUAUGAAUGACAAUGAAAUAGAAGAUCAAAGACAAAUGGUGCAAAAUAGCAGCGAGGAUGUAGACAUUGAAUUUGUAGAAACGUUUGCAGAAAAUAAUAAAGAAAAUGAAACAAUAUUAUGUGAAACUAUAACAUCAGUUGCCAAAGAAAAUUUUAUAACCAACUUUAUAACCAACACUAACAAGCCUACCGACACUAGCAAAGCUGCGAAAAAACGCAAAUUCACAGAAAGAGAAACGGAAGAAGAAGUUAAAAUUCAAAGAAUAAAAUUUAUAAUAGAGCAGGAACAACAGUUAGCAGAGGUCAAAUUAAGGCAUGAAGAAAGGAUGGCUGCUAUAAGAGAAACUCAUUUAAAAGAAAACAAUACAUUAGAAAUAAGAGCUAAUUCAGCAAAAGCUGAAUUAGCAGAACUUCAACUAAAAAAAGAAAAAGAUCGUAUUUAUAAUCCACUUGACUCAAAAUAA